GUGUAUUUACGCCUCUAUAUCUGCAUCUCCUUUAAAUUUUCCUCUUUCUUCUCUGUUUAUGAUUUGGCUUUAUCUUUUAUCCACUUCUUUCUUUUGAACUUCAUUGUUACUCUCUCUCUCUCUCCAACAAACUUUCUUUGUUUAAUUUCUCUUUCUCUCUCUCUCUAACAUACUUCUCUUUGAACCUAAGUUUUCUAUUUGUGGUUAACUUCAGUCUCUCGCUCUCAUUUCUGGUGAUUUGCUUUCAUGGGUUGUUACACAUACAUGGAUUUACCCCUAAGCUUGCUUUAACUUUUCUUUCUUUUUUUCCUAUAAAUCUUCUUGAUUAAUCUUUCUUUAUUUCUCUGUUGAAAAACCCACCAUCGUACUACGGCCUGUUCCUAAUUUUCUCUCUCUUUCUUGAUAAACCCAUAUCUUGAAGUUUCUUCUUCUCUCUCUCUCCUCUCUUUCUGGGCCUUUGUUUUCUUUCUUUCUUUCUUCUUUUUUCCGAAUUUCUCGUGGACUGUAGGUUUGAUGAGUUCUUUGGUUUUGGGUUUUGCGUAAAACCCACUUGUGUAACUGAGAGAUUGUGAAAUUUGCAGUGAAAAUGAGGCAAUUUAGUGAAUUUCAACUAGUGUGUUUAUGUUUGGGAGUCUUUCUUGCGGCUUCUGAUGCUUUUGCAUCAAAUGAAGUGUAUGCUCUCAAUACCUUCAAGGAAGCUAUAUACGAGGACCCACUUCUGGUUUUGUCAAAUUGGAAUGUCCUAGAUUCAGAUCCUUGUGAUUGGUUCGGCAUUUCCUGUUCUAUAGCUCGAGAUCGUGUCAUAAAGCUAAAUAUUUCUGGGUCCUCUUUAAAGGGUUUCCUAGUACCCGAAUUGGGAUUACUCUCUUCCUUGCAAGAACUAAUCUUGCACGGCAACACUCUGAUUGGUAUCAUACCAAGACAAAUUGGCAUGUUGAAAUUCCUCAAAGUUUUGGAUUUGGGAGUGAAUCAGCUAUCUGGUUCGAUUCCUCCCGAGAUUGGGAAUUUAACCAGCAUUAUAAAAAUAAACCUUGAGUCCAAUGGAUUGACCGGGAGGCUGCCACCCGAGUUAGGCAACUUAAAUUACCUUGAGGAACUUCGACUGGAUAGGAAUAGGCUUCAAGGGACUGUUCCUGGGAUCAACAAUUCGAAUUCUGCAUCCAACAUGCAUCAGAUGUAUGGCUCAAGUGACAAAAAUACUGGUUUUUGUCGCUCAUCUCAGUUAAAAGUUGCAGAUUUCUCAUACAACUUCUUAGUUGGGAGCAUUCCCAAGUGCUUGGAAUAUCUUCCCAGGUCAAGCUUUCAAGGGAACUGCCUUCAACACACUGAUCUUAAACAGCGCCCUACGCCACAAUGUGGUGGUGCUCCACCUGCCAAAAGCCAUCCACGAGUCAGUGCGAAACACCGGCCUGCUGAAUCUGAAUCUAAACAUCAGGCCGCUUCAAAACCUGCCUGGCUUUUAGCUUUGGAAAUCGUGACAGGAACUAUGGUGGGUUCUCUCUUCCUUGUUGCUCUACUCACUACUCUUCAGAAAUGCAAUAGCAAAUCUCCUAUCAUUAUCCCUUGGAAGAAAUCAGCAAGUGAAAAGGACCAUAUGACAAUAUGCAUAGAUUCUGAGAUGUUGAAGGAUGUGUUGAGAUUCAGCAGACAAGAACUAGAAGUAGCCUGUGAAGAUUUUAGUAACAUCAUUGGUUCCUCUCCAGACAGUAUAGUCUACAAAGGCACCCAGAAAGGUGGGCCUGAGAUUGCUGUUAUUUCCCUUUGCAUCCAGGAAGAACACUGGACUGGGUUUCUUGAGCUAUAUUUUCAAAGAGAGGUGGCUGAUCUGGCAAGAUUAAAUCAUGAGAAUAUAGGAAAAUUACUGGGGUAUUGCAGAGAGAGCACUCCGUUUACAAGGAUGCUGGUUUUUGAAUAUGCAUCAAAUGGGACAUUGUAUGAACACCUCCAUUAUGGAGAAGGAUGCCAGUUAUCUUGGACACGGCGAAUGAAAAUCGUUGUAGGCAUUGCUCGUGGACUGAAAUAUCUCCACACAGAACUUGAGCCAUCAUUUACCAUAUCUGAGUUGAAUUCUAGUUCUGUAUAUCUUACAGAAGAUUUUUUGCCCAAGCUUGUUGAUUUCGAAAGUUGGAGGACCAUUCUUUCAAGAUCAGAAAAGAAUUCGGACUCUAUCAGCAAUCAGGGUUCUAUUUGUGUUCUUCCGAAUUCUCUUGUGAAGCGUGACAUGGAUGUACAAGGAAACAUUUAUGCAUUCGGUGUAGUUCUACUGGAAAUAAUUAGUGGAAGACCUCCAUACUGCAAGGACAAAGGGUGUUUAGUUGAUUGGGCUAAGGAAUAUCUUGAAUUGCCGGAAGUAAUGUCUUAUUUGGUGGAUCCUGAGCUGAAACAUUUCAGAUAUGAAGACCUGAAAGUGAUAUGUGAGGUGGUGACUCUUUCCAUCCAUCCAAAUCCCACCAACCGGGCAUCUGUGCAGGAAUUAUACGAAAAGUUGGAGAGUGGAAUUGACACCUCUGUAUCUUGUGAACUUAAAACAUCUUUGGCAUGGGCAGAGCUUGCACUUUUAGCCUAACCGAGUCGAAGCUAACAUACUGUAAAUCAGAAAUAUACUACUGUAACACUCUUUUCAUUUUCGUUUCCCUUUGAUUACUUGAGUUCAUGUAUAUGCUCAUGCGUGACAAAUCCUCUUCUAAUUGUAUACCAUAGGCUGAUCAGUAAAGUUCUGUAGUUACUAAAUUGUGAACUACUGUAUUGUUGUGCA